GGCUCCUUGUCUUGGGAGCUGCCAGGACUCCGGAGCAGGGGAUGGAACUGAUUUUGGCCAGUGAGAGGGCAUUGGCUGUUAAGCCCUUGAAUCCCGGUGGCCCAUUUGCUGGGUCCCCUCCCUGACUCACUAGCCAGGUGUGGGGGGAGACCAAUUUCUCGAGGAAACUCUGGGUCCCCAGCCCUUGCCUAAGCCUGCCUCUGAACAAGCUGUCCUUGUUUACGACCCCCGUCGGGGGGACAGUGAUUGCUCAUCUUUGCAUGUGAUUUGAGAGGCCCAGUCUUUCAGGCUUGGAGGAAACUCAAGCCCCGCCAGGCGCUUGGCAUUGGAAUGCUCAGCUGGUCCCCUCCUGGGGCUCAUGUGACCAAGAUUCAGCUAUAAAUAUCAGAGGGGCCCCAGACCAAGACAGAAUCCGGGCUCCAGCAGAAGGCAAAGGGGAUCCAACCGGGUGUUUUGUGACAAAGGCCAGACCCCCAGGUCUGCGUAGAGCGAGACAGCCAGGUGGGCCCCCACCCCACCCCACAAUAUGGAUUAUAAGUCAGGCCUGAUCCAGGACGGCAACCCCAUGGAGAACCUGGAGAAGCAGCUGAUCUGCCCCAUCUGCCUGGAGAUGUUUACCAAGCCGGUGGUCAUCUUGCCGUGCCAGCACAACCUCUGCCGGAAGUGUGCCAAUGACAUCUUCCAGGCUGCAAAUCCCUACUGGACCAACCGGGGUGGCUCCAUGUCCAUGUCUGGAGGCCGUUUCCGCUGCCCCUCCUGCCGCCACGAGGUGAUCAUGGAUCGUCACGGUGUGUACGGCCUGCAGAGGAAUCUGCUAGUGGAGAACAUCAUCGACAUCUAUAAGCAGGAGUGUUCCAGUCGGCCCCUGCAGAAGGGCAGCCACCCCAUGUGCAAGGAACACGAAGAUGAGAAAAUCAACAUCUACUGUCUCACGUGUGAGGUCCCCACGUGCUCCAUGUGCAAGGUGUUUGGGGCCCACAAGGCCUGUGAGGUGGCCCCGCUGCAGAACGUCUUCCAGGGACAAAAGACUGAACUGAGUAACUGUAUCUCCAUGCUGGUGGCAGGGAAUGACCGAGUGCAGACCAUCAUCACUCAGCUGGAGGAUUCCUGUCGAGUGACCAAGGAGAACAGUCACCAGGUGAAGGAAACUUUGAGCCAGAAGUUUGACGUCCUGUAUGCCAUCCUGGAUGAGAAGAAGAGUGAGUUGCUGCAGCGGAUCACACAGGAGCAGGAGGAGAAGCUCAGCUUCAUAGAGGCCCUCAUCCAGCAGUACCAGGAGCAGCUCGACAAGUCCACGAAGCUGGUGGAGACGGCCAUCCAGUCCCUGGAUGAGCCUGGUGGGGCCACCUUCCUCUUGAGUGCCAAGCAACUCAUCAAAAGCAUCGUGGAAGCUUCCAAGGGCUGCCAGCUGGGGAAGAUAGAGCCAGGCUUUGAAAACAUGGACUACUUCACUUUGGACUUGGAAUACAUAGCGGAUACCUUGAGGGCCAUUGACUUUGGGACAGAUGAGGAAGAGGAAGAGUUCAUUGAAGAAGAAGAUCAGAAAGAGGAAGAGUCCACAGAAGGGAAGGAAGAAGGACACCAGCUGGAUGAAUGAGAGACCCUCUAGAUGCAGAGAGACUGGGGAGGGUGGGGAUGGGCCCGGCUGCCUUGGUGACAGGCCCAGGGUGGGAGGGGUCGGGGCCCCCGGAGGGGCAAUGGGAAGGUGUGUCUUCUCUCUGCUCAGAGAGCAGGGACUAGAGUAGGACCCCCACUGCUGUGUCCAGCAGCCACUGAACCGGAGUUGGAAACGUGCUUGAAACAAUCACACAGGACACUUUUCUAUGUUGGUGCAAAAUGAAAUAUUUUGUACAUUUUUAAAAUGUGAUUUUUGUAUAUACUUGUAUAUGUAUGCCAACUUGGUGCUUUUUGUAAAGGAAUUUUUGUAUGAUAAUGCCAGGUCAUUGUGUCACUGGCGACUGUCAGAAAGAAGGGAAGGAAGCCAGGCUGAUGGAGCUGCCCACUUCCUUUCCUUGGUGGGGGGACUGGGUAGCACCCACAGGCCUAGAAAGGGAUGAUGUACUGUAUUUCAGGGCCUGUCCCCAACACACGGGAUAGUAACUGGGUUUGUUAUAUGUUGUUUUAAUAAAUGCACAACGCUCUCUUCCUGUUA